AUAGGUUUUCUUCUUUUUUUGGAUUAGGAGAGGAAAGGGUUAGGCAUGAGUUAGAAUAUUGUAGUGUGAAAAGAGAUGGGUAGCAGCAGAGAGAUCAGAUCAAUGGAUGAGACUUCUCCAGCAUCUUUGGACGGUGAUGAUUCAUUUCAGAGAAAAAAGCUGAGCGUCUUCUUCAUUGAGUCUGAUAAUAGACGUAUGGCUUUCGGCCGAGGCUAUACCGGAGGAACUACUCCGGUUAACAUCCACGGCAAACCCAUCACUGAUCUUUCCAGAACCGGCGGUUGGCUUGCAGCAGCUUUCAUUUUCGGGAAUGAAAUAGCUGAGAGAAUGGCUUAUUUUGGGCUCUCCGUUAACAUGGUGGCGUUUAUGUUCUAUGUUAUGCACAGACCGUUCGCAAGUUCAUCAAAUGCUGUAAACAAUUUUCUGGGUAUAUCGCAGGCUUCAUCUGUUCUUGGUGGUUUUCUAGCUGAUGCAUAUCUUGGUCGGUAUUGGACAAUAGCUAUUUUCACAACAAUCUAUCUUGCAGGUUUGACAGGAAUAACAUUAUGUGCAACGAUGAAAGUGAUGGUGCCAAAUCAAGAUGAGUGUGAUCAACUAUCAUCACUUUUAGGGAAUUGUCAGCCUGCAAAAUCAUGGCAAAUGCUUUACCUCUACACAGUUCUUUAUAUAACCGGUUUUGGAGCUGCAGGUAUAAGACCCUGUGUUUCUUCAUUUGGAGCUGAUCAGUUUGAUGAAAACAAGAAAAAUUACAAAACCCAUCUUGAUAGAUUUUUCAAUUUCUUCUAUCUUUCUGUAACAAUUGGUGCAAUUAUAGCCUUUACUUUGGUGGUGUAUAUUCAAAUGAAACAUGGUUGGGGAUCUGCUUUUGGCUCAUUGGCUGUAGCAAUGGGUUUAUCAAACCUGGUUUUCUUUGCUGGUACUCCUUUGUACAGACAUAGAUUGCCAGGAGGUAGCCCUUUAACAAGGAUUGCUCAAGUUCUUGUUGCUGCAUUUCGCAAGCGAAGUGUCAAGUUCUCUAGUAGUGACUUAAUUGGCCUUUAUGAGAUUCCUGGCAAGCAUUCUGCCAUAAAGGGUAGCCGAAAAAUAGCUCAUACGGACAAUUUCAGAUGUUUGGACAAGGCAGCUCUCCAGUUGGAAGAAGAUCAAGAUCAAACUAAUCCUAGUCCUUGGAGGCUUUGCACUGUGACUCAAGUAGAAGAAGUGAAGAUACUUGCGAAACUGAUUCCAAUUCCAGCCUGCACAAUUAUGCUCAACGUAAUCUUGACAGAAUUCUUAACUCUUUCAGUUCAACAAGCAUAUACACUCAACACUCAUCUGGGUCGUCUCAAACUUCCCGUAACCUGCAUGCCUGUGUUUCCAUGUCUCAGCAUUUUUCUCAUUUUAUCACUCUAUUACUCGUUGUUCGUUCCGAUCUCAAGACGAAUCACAGGUCAUCCUCACGGUGCCUCUCAGCUUCAAAGAGUGGGAAUUGGCCUUGCAGUUUCAAUUUUAUCGGUAGCAUGGGCUGGAGUUUUUGAGAGAUACAGAAGAAAUUAUGCAAUAAAACAUGGUUAUGAGUUUAAUUUCUUGACCCCCAUGAACAAACUUAGUGCAUACUGGUUGUUGAUUCAGUACUGUCUGAUUGGGAUAGCAGAAGUUUUUUGCAUAGUGGGAUUACUUGAAUUUCUAUAUGAAGAAGCUCCAGAUGCAAUGAAGAGCAUAGGAUCAGCUUAUGCUGCUCUAGCUGGUGGAUUAGGGUGUUUCGUAGCCAGUACACUGAACACCAUUAUAAAAACUGUAACCGGUGACAGGGAAGGAAGUCAGCGCUCAUGGCUAUCACAGAACAUAAACACAGGAAGAUUCGAUUAUUUAUAUUGGUUUCUUACAGUGCUGAGUGUAAUCAAUUUCAUUGCCUUUCUUUAUUCAGCUAAAGUGUAUAAAUGCAGAGCUCAUGAAAAAGAUGAGCAAGAACAAAGUCGAAAAUUUUAAACUAUAUAUUAAUAUUAUUUU